CCUUGAUACAACCAUUCAUCGGCGUGUGGAAGCAGGUGUUCGACUAUCUGCUCAGCCUGCCCUUCAAGGCGUCAAUCUAGAUCUAAUUCCUGAUUACCACUCUCAUGCGAAGUGCUGCGACUCCGGAGACUGAAGCAGAAACAUGGUGGAAACCGUGCAAGUUUUGUGCUGCCGCCUGGACGGAGAACUAUCACGUCUCAAAUGGAUACAAUGUUCCAGCCUGCCAGUCCCCAUUGAGGCAACCUCACACCACAGCUUCCUUUUGGUGGAGGCCACAAACAAAAUUGUUUCCGCACGAGAAUCGGCAGGAUUAGAAGUCCGAGUGGCCUUGGAAAAGUUGCUGUGUUGCGCAUACGAUGGUACUUGCAUGCGCACACCCGUAGACGUCCGCUUUGAACUAAAACCCAGUUGUGUUUCCAGUAAUGUCUGCCGUCACGAUGUUAUUCCAUGACACAAGAUGGGACGUGUCAAGAUGAGUAUCUCUCAUGAAGGCUUUUCUCCAUG